AGCGUAUACGGCACCUACGGCAUAUACCGCGUGCUGCUACACAUCCAUCCAUCCUACGCAGCACGCGGAAGCGAGACCUGAGGGAAGACAGAGGGAAAGACGAAAAUGUCCUUGUUACAGUCGUUUCGCAAUCUAUCGCCACGCAUGCGCCUGGGCGUCGGCCUAGGCCUACUGGCCUGGGGCGUCAUCGGGCUGCAGCUAUCUGACCGUGCCGAGGAGCGCUACGGACUCGCCCCUACCGAGGAAGACAAGGCAGCGCUCUCCAAGAUCUUGCCGCGUAUCACCACCGUCGAGAGGGACGGGGAGGAUAAUCAGCGGUGAGAACCAGAGAGAUAGAUAUAGACGAGAGGAGGUAGGGAAGGGAACAGAGACAGAGAGAGAGAGAGAAAGAAAGAGAGGGAGAAAGGGAGAGAGAGAAGAGGGAGAAUAGGAAGCCGGAGAGAGCGCCAACUGGCACUUGCUUGCUAGUGGGCCUGCCCUAUCGGAAAUCCAACCUGGCCGCCCGAACAGACAGGACCAGCUAGAUAGGCAGGCGGGCGGAAAAGCAGUACGUACAGACAUACGUACAGGCAUACAGAUGUCUACCUGUUUAGACGUCUGUAUGUAUGGACGGACUUACGCAGACGCAGACAUAGACAGAUAGACCCUGUCCAAGGUACCAACCAUACU